UCAUUACAUUUUUGGAAGCCACCAAAGGUAAAAAUGAUCUUCUUGUUUGUUGCGGCCGCCGUCUGCCUUGCUGGGGUAAACGCUCAAAUCGUCAAUCCCGGUCCAUGCCCAAAUGUGACUUUGGAACAGCAAUUCGAUCUGCCUGCUUAUCUGGGAAGAUGGUAUGAAUACAAGAAAUACUUUGCCCUCUUUCAAAGAGACGGAAGCUGCGUUUCUGCAACUUACACUGAUAACCAGAACGGAACAGUCGGAGUCAGGAAUUACCUUGUCAAGCCAGAUACUGGUGAGGUCGAAACUAUUAUUGGCUACGCCGAGGUUGAUAGUGACUCCGGCGAAGGAAAGCUUCUCGUCUCCUUCCCCUCAGUUGGCCAAUACGGUUCUCCCUACUGGAUUCUCGGAACUGAUUACACCAGCUACACUGUAGUGUGGGCUUGCGGCGAAGUCGGAAAUGACAAUCUUCAGUACGGUUGGCUCCUCACUCGUGAAAGGUUCCCUUCAAACGAGACCUUGGAUCUUGCUCAGCAGGUCAUCACUGCUAACCAGCUUGAUGAGAAGUUCAUAAUCACCCCUCAAGAAAACUGCCCUCUUGACCCUUAAUGUGUGAUAUUAUUAUUGAUAAAAAAUUUGUAAAUAAAAUAUUAAAAAAAAAAAAAA